CAAAUAAUUACAAGAAAGGAUUUCCCGCCGCGCGCCGCCAGUAUUUAAAUAAAUAAACAGCUAAAAUCCUAAAAUCUAGAAGACGCAAAUAAAUUAAUAAUGAGUUGGAAUAAAUUAUUGUGUAACCUUCGUGAACUUCAAUUAAGUGGCACGCUUAAUGGGGGUCAAAGUUUCAGAUGGGAAUAUAAUAAAGAAAUGGACGAAUGGACGGGUGUCUUUUCAAAAACAGUAUGGAAACUACGACAAAGAGAGGAAUUUCUACAAUAUAAAGUCAUCGGAUCGUUAUUACAAAGUAUUGUACAAAAAAAAAAUGAUGUAGAAUUUGAUAACAAUGGUGUGUUUGAAGGUCUAUUGAAAAAGUAUUUCCGUUUAGAUUUCAACCUUAGUGACUAUUAUACAAAGUGGUCUGAAAAGGAUGAUCUGUUUAAAGCAGCAUGUAAACAGUUCUAUGGUAUAAGAAUGCUGGCUCAAGAGCCUGUGGAAAAUCUGUUUUCAUUUAUUUGCAGUCAAAAUAAUCACAUUUCAAGGAUAUCAAGUAUGGUUGAAAAGUUAUGUAAGCAUUAUGGUGAAGAAAUAUGUGAACAGGAUGGUGUAACAUAUUAUUCAUUUCCAGAUGUUGAGAAACUAUCAACCCCAAAGGUUGAGUCAGAAUUGAGGCAGCUAGGUUUUGGUUACAGAGCUAAGUUCAUUCAAAAAUCAGCAGCACAAAUUUUGGAAUGGGAAGGAGAAAAGUGGUUUGCAGGUCUCCAAGAUAUGAAAUACAAAGAGGCUAGACUAGAACUCAUGAAGCUAUGUGGAAUAGGGCCAAAGGUAGCAGAUUGCAUAUGUCUCAUGUCAUUAAACCACCUUGAAGCAUUGCCUGUGGAUACCCAUGUGUAUCAGAUAGCUGCACAGAACUACCUCCCACACCUGCGUGGCAAGAAGAAUGUCACUGAGAAGAUGUAUAGUGAAAUCGGAGACCAUUUCAGAAGCUUGUAUGGAGAUUACGCUGGAUGGGCUCAUACUGUCUUAUUCUGUGCGGACUUAAAGAAAUUCCAACAAACUACUGAUUCUGAAGAUAUUAAACCUAAGAAGAGAAGAAAAAAAACGUGAUUGCUGAAUGUAUAGCUGUGAUACCUUAAGUAUAGUAAUGAAAUAAAAUAAUCCAAUACAAUUUA